GGCAGUUUCGAUUGACUUCUCAUUGUGCUCGCACGAACGCGCGCGUGAUUCUUCUCAUCCUCACAACCACACUUUGUGGUGUCUCUCAGAACUGUCCGGAAUCUCCCUUCUCUCUCUCUCUCUCUCUCUCUACACCCCAAACAGUGUGUGUGUGUGUGUGUGUGUUUGAGACACUUCCAGGGGGAGGAGAGAAAAAAAAAGUGCGCGAUUUUACUGUGAUGAUAGAAUUAAAGGGAAAAAAUCCGUGUUCAAGUGCGUGAAAAUGAUUUCGAAUUAUGGCCGAUCUUGCGGAUCAGAUCGAUGAUUACAUCUGCAGCUUCGAAGGUGUUGGCGAUCUGACAAUGGAUACACUAGCAAUGUUGAUCUUUGCAUGGGCGGUAAUUGCCCUGUUUGUGUUGUGGCUGUGCAAAUUUUUAUACAACAAAUAUGUGAAGAAGACAAAGACGGACGCCGCAUUAUCUGCACCAGCAGACGCCAAGAAAGUCACUGCAACAGCAGCUGUUGCGGUCGCGGAUGCAGCUGAAAAGGGGAGGCGAUCUGAGCCCAAGGAGAUUCUCUCCAGUCGCGAAAUUCGAGAAUCCUCGGCGAAGCCCUUGGGCAGGGCAGUCGUGCGAGGUGGAGCGAAAGGUGGAGCAGCUGGAUAUGUUCCGCCAACUCCUCCAAUGCGAAAAAGACUCUCGCGCAAGAGUCCUGGCCCCGAAUUGCGCCGACCGAGUCGAGUUAUUCAACCGCCCAGCAAUGUUGUCGGGCCAGAAACGAUUUCUGUAACAUGGACAAGUCAAGUGUUUCGCUGGCUCUACAGUGAUCUCGUGAUCGUCAAUGAACUCCUUCACACUUGGGUGCAAACUCUCAAUGAGUCCAUGAAGAAAUCCGUCGAAGAGCACGGAGUCGCCGUGGAGAUUGUCAGAGUUCUUCCAGAAAGUCCUCCACCUCAGUUGACCAACAUCUUCUGUGCCGCCGACGAGAAUCGCCAAAAUGAUGUGACAAUCACAAUGGACUGCGAGUGCACGCCUGUGCUGCAGGUGAAGGCCUUCCGCCAGAAGUCUGGCAAGGUGGAGACGUCGCACUACAAAGCCACCGUGUCGCGCUUCCGCGGCCGUCUCACCACCAAGAUGGACUACUACAAGUUACUGGGCGAGAUGCGCACCGAGGGCUAUCCGGACAUCCGCAUUGGGCUGAACAGCAUUGGCGCCAUCAAGGGCGCCACGGAUGACGAGACGCAUCUGCAGGAGGUGAUCGCCGAGAUCCUCAUCGCCGCCAUUCGCUCCACCAUCUAUCCCGUGGACUUCUCCAUCUACUCCACGUGUCCGCGGCCGCUGGAGCCGGAGCCGGUGGAGGUGCCGCUCAACUAUCCCAUCCACUACGACUCACUGGCCACCAACAUGGAGCACCUGAACGACGCGCGCGCCAAGCAGAGCCUGGAGAAUGGCGUGGUGUCGUCGGGCAGGCGAUUGCUGGUGAAGGUGCUGAAGGGCGACGGCCUGGCGGCGGCCAAGGAUCCCUUCUGCGUCGUGGAGAUGGACGAGCCGCCGCAGAAGAACCAAACCGGCGUGCGUCAGGGCGUCAAUCCAUUCUGGGAUGAGCACUUCCUCUUUGACUUGACGAGCAUGUCGGCGGAGAUUCUCUUUGAGGUGUACGACAGAGCCACGACAAAUGCCGAGGGACAGUCGAAAUUUCUGGGUUUGGGUCUUGUGGGAAUUGAUGAGUUGUCUGUGGGACCGGCGUCAUCGCAGAUUCUCACACUUCAGCCGCGUCCCUAUGAAUCUGAGGCCGUCAGUGGAGCUAUAACAGUUGAGUUUGUUUUCAUUGAAGGAGCCGAAAUUCCCGCAGGACGUCGUCCGUACAAAUUGAAGAAUGCCCUCAAGAUUGACACUCAUUCACCAUCAUUCACUGACACCGCCAGCCAGAAUGGACAUCAGGGUGACAUCGUGGACACGGCCAUCAAGGCGCUGGAGGGUGGCGCGCUGCACAACAACGGCCACCCCAGCAGAAGCACCCUCAUCAUCCACAGCGUGCAGCGGCGGCAAUCCAAUCGGCCAAUGUUCAAGGUGGGCCUUAACGAGAAAGGCCAAAUAGAAUUGGACGAAAGCGCUUUGGCCAAUGGUGAAUCGCAAGAGGCGCCAGAGGAGGAAAUCAUCACACCAGUAAGUGAGAAUGGUGAUUUAGACAAUUCCUGUGCCACUGCCGUCACUGCUGAAGUGCAAUCCAAUGGUUUCAAUUCACCAGAAGAAGUGCCUGGCGAGCCAAUGAUGCACUCAUCGCCAAAUGCCACGAAUGGCCUGAACGUGAAUGGCAAUCAGAGGGAUGGCAAUGGUUAUCCAAUGCCAGCGACGCCGCCUGACCAGCAGUUGCUUCUCGAGGACGAUCGUGGGCGAUCGAAGAAGAAGCGUGACUUCUUCGGCACACUCAAGAGACGAUUGGGCAGAUCCAAGAGUCGCGCCAAGUCAAUGGAGCGCGACAUGAUACCAAUCGAUGCGGAGAAUCCACGCGGUGAAAUCCGCUCGAUAUCAGCAGAUCGCGGAGUGUCUCUGGUGAACAACAACAGCACGCUGUCGUCCGCAGGUUGUGCCCCACAGCAAAGACUUAUUGUUCCAACGCUGGAUCAGUCACGACGAUCGUCUCUUUCAGAAUCAUCAGCAAUUAGUGGCAUUUCGAGCGCCAGCACCAAAACCUACGUCCACGAGGCGUCAACACUCGUUCUCGAGACCAUUGAGAAUGGCGUGAAGCGGCACUUCCUGGUUCCACUCUCGAUAGCUCAGAGGCCGCGAUGGCGUCGCAAAGGAACGAAAUUGCACAUUUACAAUGAUCACACUUUUGUAGCGAAGCAUUUAAGUGGAGGUCUUCUGUGUGAUGUCUGCAAUCGAUCAAUUCCACGACGCCCGGGCAAGCAGGGCUACGAGUGCCGCGACUGCCAGACCAAGUGUCACAAGCAGUGCCACGUGAGGGCGCCACAGGCCUGCACGAACCCCACUGUCCUGUCCAUGGAACUGUCAUCGCUACCAACACUGACAGAAAAUCACAUCUAAAAAAAUACAAUAUUUAAUUUAAAAAAUACCAAUUCUUUAUGAUAUCAAAGCUGAAUUCUGCCGCUGCCGAUCGGAGUAUUCGGAAACUCUGACAAAUAGCCGAGUAGAAAAGUCUACAAUUUUUCCACCAACACAUCGGCAACUCUCAGUCUCUACAAACCAUCACAUGACGCGUUGUUUAUGUUUGGGGGAGGGAAGAAAAAGAAAAAACAGCAAAUGCGCGGGGAAAACACGAAUAUAAUCAAAUUACUUGUAGUGCUUGUGUUAAAUUUUUGUAAAUGAAACAACAACAGACAAAAAGAACAAUUCUAACUCUUCAAUUCUCUUUCCAACACAUUUUUCUCUCUCGCUCAUUCUCACUAUUCACAGACUCUUCAUUCUCUCUCUCUCUGUCUCUCUCUAUUCUUUAUCAUUCAGUCUGAUUCAUUUUUUAGUGCUUUAGUGGGCAACAGAGCAAGAAGGUGGAUUAUAUUUUUGUGUUACUAUACAUUAAAUAUAUAUUAUAAAAAAAAGAAAGUUUUUUCAAGUGAUUUUGUGACAAAGUUUACGGAUUUUUUUCCUUUACAUUUUUAUCUCUUUAUUUAAGUUGGUUUAUCUUCAUUCAUAGGACAUUUUUAACUUUGUAAGGGAAAUAACAUACAAUUUAAUACCUCUUAUAGUAAAGUGAAGAAAAAAAGUAAUAUAUAUAUAAUAUACACACACAUAUAUAUAUAUAUUUAAAAAGAGAAAGAAAAUAUAUUGUAAAAUUUGUUGUAAAAUAUUCUUGUGAACAAUGAAAUACGUGCGACAUUU